ACUGCUCCAAUGUUCAGUUCUAAAUUUAAAGCGUAGUUUGUCGCACACGAAACGAUGCGCGGGAGCAAUCGAGUGCAAUAAUAAUUUAACAAUUCGCCAGCGUGCCACAACUAGUGAAAUUUCAAUAGCCAAGCGCGAGCUAAAUUGACGAGCAGUUGAAUUUGCUAACGGGCAAACAUUUUCACAAACCACGUAACGUAACACAUGUGCGUACGUGUGUGUGUGGGUGCGAGCAAGAGGGAGUGUGUGUCAAAAUGACAGCAGUAGCAACAACGAAAACAACAACAAUAGCAACAAAAGCAGCAGAAAUCAAAUCAACAACCACAACAACAACGACAGCUUAGUUAGCCAGCUGUGCGAGGUCGCUUCAGCCCCCCUUCCCCACAGCAAACUGAAAAAAAUCAAAAACCACAUUUGACGAAAAUAAAAACAAAAUUGUUCUGUUCUCUGUGGCAAGCAGGAUCAAAACCGAAAACCCGAAAUUGUUUGUCACGUUAUCAACACUCCAAACACAGCAAGCGUGUUAUGAACAUACUAAAACCAGCAAAACUCAAGUGCAUCGUAUUCAACCAACUGCGUCACACUUGGACGUUUCUUUUGUUUAUCUGCGAUUUCCUGGCCCAGAUUUACAGGACGCCCCGCAUAACUGACCACCAGGCGCAGCUGGCCAACAACAAUAACAAUAAUAACGAUCUGAUAAUGGAGCAGGACAUGCCAGAGGAGGAAGUGGGUCAGCCAGAGGAGGCACUGCCGCAGCAGCAGGAUAACGCGGAGCUUGUAGGCCGUUUCAAUGCCAUUCAGGCUGCCGUGGAGCUCAUGGACGCAGCCAGUGAUUUGGACGAGGAAGAGGAGGAGGAAGACGACGAUGUGGACGUGGAUGUGGACUAUGGCGAUACAGAUUCGGAAUCAGAAUUCGAAGAAAUGUACUCGGACGAUUGGACCAGUUCCAGCGAUGAGCUGGACGAGGGUAAAGAGCUGUCCAAGAGUGUGCUGAAUGUCUUCCUGUCGCCGGAGCAGCAGCAAUCUCAGGUGGCCAGCCCGCCGCCCAUGUACACCUUCAAGCCGUUGCGUCUUGUCAAGUGCCAGUACAGGGAUAAGCAUAUGCCCGGUGGUUUCCCCCUGGCGCGCAGUGGCCAUCGGAUCAUCGCCUCCAAUUCGUAUCUGUACUCCCUGGGUGGCUACAAUCCGCGGAGCGCCGUUUCUGCCGCACGAAACGGCCGCUGCCUUCUCUUCCAGGAGCUGUGGAGCUACAACUUUGCCACGAGGACCUGGCGACUGGAGAUGAAUGCGGGCAAUGCCGCCAAUAUGCCCGUGGAGCUGGCCUCCAAUGCAUUGACCAUUCACAAUAACGUGUUGAUUUCUCAUGGCGGCACUGGCUAUCCCUUUGGAGUAUCCUGCUCCAACGACUGCUACGUUUACCGAACGGCCAGUUCUAGCGCGACACCGGGCGUGGAUCGCCUGCAGGUGAAGGGUGAUCUGCCCACGGCUCAGUAUGGACCGGGUAUAGUUAUCCACAAGAACUACCUGUACACAAUUGGCGGAACAACGGGAUUUGAUUACACUUGUGAUGUCUAUCGUUUGGAUUUGCGCACUGGCAUAUGGGAGAAUGUGUACAUAAGUCGCCCGGAGAUGCGUGACGAUCCGGAGGGACGUUACCGCCACGAGGUCGUUUAUGAUGGCAAGCACAUAUUUGUGCUGGGCGGUGGCACAUCGCACUCCGUAUACGAUUUGCAGCGCAUUCCGGCUUACAACCUGAAGGCGAACUGCUGGGACUACUUCGAAACGUAUCCCGAUCAGCGUGCCGCCGUUGCGGUCGACGGCAACAGGGGCUAUCCAAAGCCGCGAAAGUGCUUUUCGUGUGUCCAACACCAGUCCUCCACUGGGGACAUCGAGGCCUUCAUCACGGGCGGUCUGCAAGGCGACUUCUCCACAUAUUUUUCGGACAUCUGGAAGCUUAAUCUGCGCACUAAGCAUUGGUACCGCAUCGAGACCGCCACCCUGCCCCGCCCCCUGUACUUCCAUUCGGCUGCCCACUCGGAUAAUGGAUGCAUGUACGUGUUCGGCGGCAUUGAGUACAUGGAAAAGGAAAUGCGCCGCCGCAACGAUCUGUAUAAGAUGUGGAUGACAGUGCCCAAGCUGAGCGAAAUGUGCUGGGACGCCAUCACAUACUAUAACGACAAUCUGGACUUGUACGACCGAAAAACGCUACUGGGAGCCGGUAUACCCAAACGUUUUGCGGAACGUCUACCGCCGCAGCGCAGGAGGCGCUUGGACAUGAGCCAGCCAGACCCGUCCAUGCUAAUUUCGCUGUACUCGAAUCCAAAACGUGCCCGCUCCACAACGCAAUAGGCCUGCUUCCACUGUUCCCACGAAAAAGCGAAAUAAAGCGAAAUCAAGGAGGGUAGCGGAGCCAUACCUUCUCGAAACUCUUUCAGUUGCAGAACUUUACGUUACUAUUGUUUAAAAGUUUUGUUUCACAUUGAGCGCGCGCUGUGAUCGAAUACGAAGGACAUUUAUAGUUGUACACAUGUGUAUUUUGAUACUCGAAAGAAACAUGCGGACAGGUUUAGCAUGUAAAUAAGAUUGUAAUUACGUUUAGCUAGCGCAACAACAGCCAGAUACAGGCCAUGCGUAUGUAUUCUAAACUUCAGCUUACAGAUCAGCCAGCGCACCCCACAACAAAUUCUCGAUAAAAUCCCACAAUAUCUUACCGGGUUCUCGAAAGUUACUUGCUAUAUCCAAACACGGCCCUGCUAUAAUGUUCACCCUUCUUUAAAUCCAACACACAUCCCAAAAAACACACACACAAAAACCAACAAACCCAUAAUGAAGGCUACACCAAACAAUGUCAUAUAGAGGGGACAACCCCGAUGUAUUUUUGUCAAAGUGUACAUAAUACUUAGCGGUAGUAAUAUUUAAUUAACAUAAGACUACAUCAAUAUUGCGAUAUCAUGUACCAAUGCAGUGCGUAGGCUACUGCUCGCCCCCGUGGCGAACGUUGGUUUGCUCGAUUUAUAUUACCCAAGACUAAAUUUGGUUGAAUCUAAGUUAAUAAAUAAAUUUCUAAUGCAA